AUGGAGCCAAAGAGGAGUGGCAACAUGGCGUGUGUAGAGCGGGAGCGGGAGCGAAACUACAGAAGACACGUCGAACGGGUGAGAACGCAGCGCAGCCGCAUCGAUAAUGCGACGCCGAAGAGCUGCGCCUAUGUGCGCCCGCUCGGCUCCAUGCGCGGCAACGUGGCGCGUGCGGAGCAGGUGAACCGCGACAACCAGAAGCUGGUGGAAAAGAUGGUUUACAUCAUGAACACCCGCGGUGGUGUGGAUACCUCGGAACCGUGGUGUGACCACAACAGGGCGAUCAGCUCUCAGCGGCGUCGUAACCAGGAGCAGGCUGUCAUUGCGCGGGAGAACGCGAAGAUACUAGAGCGCCUGGAGUGUGCGAAGCCGACGUACCGCGCCGACAAAUUUGAGGCUGACCGUCGUCGGAACGAAGAGUUUGCUGCACGCGCUAGUCGCUACCCCUACCACCCUAUGGACAGGGCGAGGCACUAA